UUUGUUUUAUUUUUUUGUUGUUGAAAAAAAUGGUUAAACAACUAAACAUAUUAUUUGUACCGUUGGGCGGUGUCGGCCACAUCAAUGCCUGCGUCGGGUUAGCCCAACCGUUGGUCGCCAGUGGACAUCGGGUAUCGUUUACCAUCAAUCAGGACUGGUCGGGACUGUUAGUAAAAUACGGUAUCCAUGAAGUGAUAAUCGAGUCGGAAAGUCGACCGGACAAAGCUAUGGGCGCUAAGGCGCCGGGCAGUGAACAAGCGGUUAGGGAUAGAGUCAAAAAACACGGAGAUAUGAUGAAACAGGCGGGAAGUAUUGCCGACAUAUCGCCGAUAGAAAAGGCCCGACGAAGCGGUCCGAAAGUUCGGGUUUGGAUGGAACGGACCAUCGAAUUGGAUGGUGAGUUGGAACGACUGAUACCAGAGCUCAGACCCGAUAUCAUAAUAUUGGAUCAGUUCAUGCAUUUGCCGGCCAUCGAAAAGUCUGGUAUACCCUAUGUGUGGUCGUGGAGUACCAACCCGUUGAUGAUGACAAUGAUGAGCGACGAUCGGCUGCCACCGUGCGGCUCAGGAAUGUCUGCUUAUGGCGACAAAAACCAAUGGAAAGACUACCGAAACGCCUGGCGUGAGGCCAUCCAUGACGUAUGGCUAGAGUUCAAUCAGUAUGUAGUCUCUAAAGGCUGUCAACCGUUGGCCACCGAUUGUCUGACAAAUACGCAAAACUGUCUCAACAUUUAUGGCUAUCCGCUAGAGUUAGACUACGUCGAUGUCCGGCCAUUGGCCGACAAUUGGUACCGAUUUGAUAAUUUUAUGCGUCAGGAACCACCAGCCGGAAAUGGUAUGCCGUUUGAACUACCGGUACAAUUGCUGGACAAACCGGGAAAACUGGUAUACUUUUCGUUGGGAUCGAUGGGCGGUGUAGACGUCGCUAACAUGAAACGGUUGGUCCAGAUUUUCAGUCAAUCGUCGCACAGGUUUAUCGUAUCGAUGGGACCGAAACACGACGAGUAUGAACUGCCGCCGACGGAUAAUAUGUGGGGCCAGUCGUCGGUACCGCAGACCCAAGUGUUACCGCUGGUCGAUUUGGUCAUUACUCACGGCGGCAACAAUACGGUUACCGAAACCCUAUACUACGGUAAACCGAUGAUUGUGUUGCCACUGUUUGGCGACCAAUGGGAUAAUGGGCAGCGAAUCGAGGAUUUAGGUUUCGGUAUCAAACUUGAUGUCUACAAGUGUACCGCCGAUGAACUGCUUGAAGCCAUCGAUAGACUUUUGACUGAUACCGCACUGACUGAUAAACUGCAGAAAAUUGGUCAACGAAUCCAAUCGGAUAAUAGUUUACAACAAUUACCGCAAAUUAUUGCCGAUUAUGUCACUAAUAAUAAUAAUAAUAAUAAUAAUAAUAAUAAUAAUAAUACAAGUUUUGCUAAAUUAAAUGGUAAUACAAAAACAACAUCUAAUGUAUUAUCAAAUGGUGAUAAUCAACGACAACUAAUCACUGAUAAAAUUAAUGGGAAAUUUGAAAAUAGGUUAACAUUAGAGCCAAUAGUGACAUAA